GUGUUAUUAUGAUGUUAAAAUAAAAUAAGUAAAACUAGUUAUUAGCUUUUUGUAAGUUGUAGAAUCGAUUAGGCGGUUGGCUGCAUCAAAAUCGUCCCCGUCCUCCUCUUCCGCUGGGUUGCCCUAGUUUUCAACUGCCGCAAUCAUGCCGGACACACAUGCCCUAGUUUCGGAUUUCUUAAACAAGCUUAAAAAGCGUAAAAUUGAGGGGUCGAAGGCCACUGCGAAGCUGACGGCGGAGCUUCUCCGGUCGGUGAUUUCACAGCAGAGGCUCCCCAACACCAACCAAGCUGGGGCUCUUAUUCACGCCAUCAAGGCCAUUGGAGACCAACUCACUGCUGCUAAUCCUGUUGAAGUUGCUGUUGGAAAUAUUGUGAGGCGUGUGCUACAUAUCAUCAGAGAGGAGGAUGUUUCACUAACAACAGCUUCAAUUGGUGGCUUGAGCUUACAAGGCUUGAGUGAUGAUGACGAUGAUGAUGAUAAUCCACUUGUAUCAGCCGCCGCUGCUGCCGCCGCUGCCAGAACUACUCUCAGGCCUCCUUCUUUGCAGACUCUUCUUGAAGACAUUCCGCCUCACUCUGCAGCAGCCUCAGCCGCAGCAGCAGCUCUUCAUCACUCUUCCUCUUCCGCUGGUGAUUCUGAAGAUAAGACUAAAUCUACUGAUAAAAAUUCAAGGAGCCGAAAGCUAAAGCAUAAUGUGAUUGAGGCUGUUAAUGAGCUUAUCCAGGAUAUCGCCACCUGUCAUGAACUGAUAGCGGAGCAGGCCGUGGAGCAUAUUCACCAUAAUGAGGUUAUAUUGACCUUAGGCAGUUCGGGAACAGUGAUUGAAUUUCUUUGUGCCGCUAAGGAGAAGAAAAGAUCAUUUAGGGUUUUUGUAGCAGAGGGUGCUCCAAGAUAUCAAGGACAUACUCUUGCAAAGGAACUGGUUGCUAGGGGACUACAGACUACAGUAAUAACUGAUUCUGCUGUGUUCGCCAUGAUUUCACGUGUGAACAUGGUGAUUGUUGGGGCUCAUGCUGUCAUGGCAAAUGGCGGAGUGAUAGCUCCUGUCGGGUUAAAUAUGGUUGCACUAGCAGCUCAGAGGCACGCUGUUCCUUUCGUUGUUCUUGCUGGCAUUCACAAGUUAUGCCCCCUGUAUCCUCAUAAUCCGGAGGUGUUACUGAAUGAGCUCAAGUCCCCAUCUGAGUUGCUGGACUUCGGGGAGAUGUCAGAUUGCAUGGAUUUUGGGACUGGCACCGGUUCCCCUCUUCUUCAUGUUGUCAACCCUGCUUUCGAUUAUGUGCCGCCAAAGCUCGUCAGCCUAUUUAUUACUGACACGGGAGGGCAUAAUCCAUCAUACAUGUACCGUCUCAUUGCAGAUUACUAUUCUGCUGAUGAUUUGGUGUUGCAACAGAGGCCAACUUCUUGAUAUUGUGUUAAACAUCCAUAUCUGUUUUGAUUAAUGAGUUUGUAGUUUGCGAGGGUGAGGGUGUUUGUAUAGCUCUGAUUGUGGACGACAUUGCAGCAGUUUUGAACGGAGCUGGACUGUAACGAUUAGGGAGAAGGAUAAUUUGUGCUGUGCUCUUGUUUUAGAUCCAUUUGUCUGUGUUUUGCAAAUAAGUGUUGCUGGACAGAAAAUGAACAAUGAAUUACUAUACCCAAAACCAUCAACAUCAGAAUUAAUCAAGCUUUCUGAAAAAUGCUUGCAUCAGAA